AUGGCUGCCAGGAGCCGGAUCCUCCCUGAGGGCAGAGAUCAUGACAAGAAGGAUGGUUUCGCCCCCCGACGCUCGAAUCCACGCUCGUUCCUCACUCGAUCGAUACCCUUCCGUCGCAGGCGCGUGAUACUUGUUUUGGUGGCAGUAUGGCUGCUAUACCUCUUUUUCAAGAAUAUGCCUACGGACCUCCCUCCUGCCUCCCAGCGCUAUGACCGCCGCUACGGACGACUACAUCCAGGCCUACCAGGCCCAAGUGCAUGGCAGCCCGAAGGACAACACGUAGAUGCAGAUGACCCGAGUCAAAGCUAUGAGGGCCCGAUCAGGUUCUACGGCCUGCCUGAAACGUUGCGCGGCAAAAUGUAUGCUCCUGGCUCGAAGGGACACGUUCUGUUCGCCGUUUCCAAGUUGGAAAGCAUCCCACGAAUCAUCCCCAUCGCCUGUUCAAUGGCGCAGCACAAUCGUACUCGCGUCCAUUUUGCCUUUAUGGGUCGCCAUUCUGCGGAGUGGGAAGAGAUCCAAAAAACCAAUGGCAUAUCUGAGAAUGAAUGUGAAAUAAAUUGGCAUGAUGCACGGCCCGAUUUCUCGGCACAGUCUUCAGAAAAACGGCUGGGCGUCAGUGCCGGCGCAAGCCUGGGGCAUAUUCACUCUACUCUGCAGCUGCAAGCAAUUCUCGCUGGAAACACUGACUACGAAGAUGAAUGGCUCGUGGAGGCACUAAGGGACAAGACCAACUCACUCGGUCUGCCGCUGAUCAAUUUACCUGCUGGUGGAAUUGGGGCCCUCUCUUGGAUCUCGAACCUUGAUGCCUCGUCGCUGGCGCAUAUCAGUAAGAUCCACAUCGACGUUGUGGUCCAGGCAGAGCCUGAAACUUCAGCCUCUUUGAUCAGGCUGUUGCGCUCCAUUAAGAAUGCAGACUAUACAGGGUGGACGAUACCCCGAAUAACGGUCGAACUCUCUGCCGACAUUGACCCAUUCCUCAUCAAAUAUCUAUCGAAUUUUCGAUGGCCGGCCGAUGCUACGGGCAGUGAAUCCAAGUUGACAAUUCGGCAUAGAGUCGAUGCCAGCUUUCUUUCGUCUGAGCAAGCUGCCCUACGGACCAUUGAAUCAUUCUAUCCCUUGGUGGCUGAGGAAUCUCAUGUUCUAUUGCUCUCGCCCAGGGCUGAGCUAUCCCCAGGUUACUUCCAGUUUUUGAUGUACACGAUCCUUGAAUACAGAUAUGGAGCAAGCCACACUGACCUGAGCGAACGUCUUGUUGGUAUCUCGCUUGAUUUGCCAGCUUACGCUCCUGACAUGCAGACCAAAGCGCCAUGGGAUCCAGAAACUCUUUCAGAACCGCUCGUCCUUUGGCAAGCACCAUCAUCGAAUGCAGCGCUGUAUUUUGGUGAUCGAUGGGUGGAGCUUCAUGCUUUCCUAUCUCGUCGAAUUCUAGCCGAUCCGAGGUUCACCAAGAAGGUCACAUCAACGCCGCGUCUUGCUCAUGAAUAUCCAGCGUGGCUUUACAACGUCCUAGAAAUGAUGCAAUCCCGCAACUACUACAUGAUGUAUCCUGCUUUCACCCUCAAGGAAGGCUUCUCGCCAGUGACAAUGCACCACGAGCUAUAUCGACUGCCAGAAGAAUAUAUGACGGACAUUCGAGAAGACGACAAGACGUUGAAAUAUCAGAAGCCAACUGGUGGUCCGGCAGAUGACCAACCACUUACCGCGGCUGAUGAGAUUGGGCGAUUGAUGCAGAAAGAGCAGCAUGUGUCCACCGACUCUAUUGUCGCUCCAUUGCUCGCCGCAACCAGUGUCGAACAGCAAAGAGGGGACGUAGUUGAUGAGUCGAACAUUCCCGUGAUACUGUUCGGCGGGAAAAGAGUCGAUUGGGCAGGCUCGCGGGCGGCCUCAUGGAGAUUUGCCGAAGACUUUGCGCAGUCUGUUGGAGGCUGCGCCCAAUAUGAUGCUACCAAGAAAGAGAACGGUGAUGUCGAAUCGUUAUUUUGUACAGAACCAGGCAAGGCAGGCUAA